AUGGACCCAGAGUUUGCAGAGACGUUUGUGUCCACAAAAUCCAGGCAGAAGCCCAACACGAUCAGAGAGGAUGCUCAAGAGAUCGUGAACGGUACUUCGACUCGAUAUUCUUACUGCUUCCAGACCCUCAUUCAAUGUCUAGAUCCCUUGCAUCUUGUCCGACGCCGAACAUCGAAGCGGCCAAAUGCAGGUUCCCGUUCGAGAUCACAUUCGCCCGCUCAUGGCGCGCGAUCUCCUGAAAGAUUGAUACGGGAACAUUCAAUACGUACCAACCGCCGUCAUAAGUUUAUUGAGUGUCUCAUGCGUGAGGAUGUCGACAUGGCCGAGUUGCGAAAGCUUGCCUGGUCGGGCGUCCCGAACGAGCUGCGCCCGCUGGCAUGGCAAUUACUUCUGGGCUACCUUCCGCUGCCGACACGACUUCGCUCGUCGACGCUAGAACGAAAGCGAGGAGAAUACUUGUCGUUAGUAGGCUUGACCUUUGCGCGAGGCCGCGAGGGCCUCGACCAACAAAUAUGGCACCAAAUAGAGAUCGACGUUCCAAGAACACGGCCAGGCGUGCAGCUAUGGAUGUACCGUGCGACACAACGAAGCUUGGAACGCAUCCUGUACGUGUGGGCAAUACGGCAUCCGGCCAGUGGCUAUGUGCAGGGGAUCAACGAUCUCGUCACGCCCUUCUUUCAAAUAUUUCUUUCCGCUUACAUCGACUCGGAUCCAGAAUCGUUCGACCCGUCACUGCUGCCGGAGUCCGUGCUCGAUGCGAUCGAGGCGGACUCGUUCUGGUGCCUUUCACGGCUGCUGGACGGCAUUCAAGAUAACUACAUCUCCGCCCAGCCGGGCAUUCAGCGCAGCGUGCGACGCAUGUCGGAGCUGGUCGCGCGGAUCGACGCACCGCUGCACGAGCACCUCGCCGCGCAGAACGUCGAGUUCAUCCAGUUCGCGUUUCGGUGGAUGAAUUGCCUGCUGAUGCGGGAGAUCAGCGUGAAGAACACGAUUCGCAUGUGGGACACGUAUCUGGCGGAAGGUCCCGACGCGUUCUCGCAGUUCCACCUGUACGUCUGUUCUGCGUUUCUCGUGCGAUGGAGUGAGAAAUUGCGUGAGAUGGACUUUCAGGGGAUCAUCAUGUUCCUCCAAUCGCUGCCGACGCAAGACUGGACGGACCACGAGAUCGAGAUGCUGCUCAGUCAAGCAUUCGUGCUUAAUUCCAUCUGGCAGAACGCGCAGAGCCACUUCACGGGCAAGUGA